AUGGCGUGUGUGUACAUUCCAGUACAGAACUCGGAAGAGGAGGUGAGAGUCGUUCUGGACCAGCUUCCCAGAGACGCUUCUGAUAUACUCGACAUCCUCAAGGCCGAACAAGCCCCACUCGAUCUCUGGCUCAUCAUCGCUAGGGAGUACUUCAAACAAGGCAAAAUUUUACAAUUUCGCCAAAUUUUGGAGGAAGGGUCUAGUCCUGAGAUUGAUGAAUAUUAUGCUGAUGUCAGAUAUGAGAGGAUUGCCAUUCUGAAUGCACUAGGGGCCUAUCAUAGCUACCUUGGAAAAAUUGAGACAAAACAAAGAGAAAAGGAAGAGCAUUUUAUAAGGGCAACACAGUAUUACAACAAAGCGUCUAGAAUCGACAUGCACGAGCCUUCUACCUGGGUUGGAAAAGGUCAGCUUUUGUUGGCUAAGGGUGAUCUAGAGCAGGCAUUUAAUGCAUUUAAGAUUAUAUUGGAUGGAGAUCGGGAUAAUGUUCCUGCUCUUCUUGGUCAGGGGUGUGUUCAGUUCAGCCGUGGACGCUAUUCGGAUUCACUAGAGUUGUAUAAGAGGGCCUUGCAAGUGUAUCCUCAAUGUCCUGGAGCUGUAAGACUUGGCAUAGGUCUCUGUCGCUACAAAUUGGGUCAAUAUGAAAAGGCAAAGCAAGCAUUUCAGCGUGUUUUGCAGUUAGAUCCAGAAAAUAUUGAGGCUUUUGUGGCACUUGGUAUCUUGGACUUGCAAACAAAUGAAUCUGCUGGUAUUAAGAGAGGAAUGGAAAAAAUGCAAAGAGCUUUUGAGAUAUACCCCUACUGUGCUAUGUCGCUGAAUUAUUUAGCAAAUCAUUUCUUCUUCACUGGUCAACAUUUUCUAGUAGAGCAACUAACUGAAAUUGCACUUGCUGUGACUAAUCAUGGGCCAACAAAGUCACAUUCCUACUACAAUUUAGCACGAUCGUACCAUAGCAAGGGGGACUAUGAAAAAGCUGUGCGGUACUACAUGGCAUCUGUAAAGGAAAGCAAUAAGCCUCAAGAAUUUGUAUUACCUUACUAUGGUUUGGGUCAAGUACACUUGAAAUUGGGAGAUUUAAAAAGUUCCCUUUCAAAUUUUGAAAAGGUUUUGGAGGUGUACCCUGAGAACUGUGAGACAUUAAAGGUCCUUGGGCACAUUUAUGUUCAGCUGGGGUACACUAAGAAGGCCCAGGAGUUCUUAAAGAAAGCUACAAAGAAUGAUCCACGUGAUGCCCAGGCAUUUCUGGAUCUUGGGGAGCUUUUAAUUUCAACUGAUGCUGGAGAUGCGUUAGAUGCUUUUAAAACUGCACGUAAUCUACUGAAAAAGGAUGGCGAAGAAGUACCAAUUGAACUGUUCAACAAUAUUGGAGUUCUUCAUUUUGAAAGAGGAGAGUUUCAGCUUGCUGAACAAACGUUCAUGGAAGCACUAGGUGAUGGCAUAUGGGUUAAAUUCAUUGGUAGUAACGCUCCACCGGAUCCAAAUGUUGAAGCAGGUUCAAAUCCCAGGGAAGAAACCCAGUACAAUCCUAUUAAUAAACUGAAUUUAGAGCGUGUUAUUGAAGAAGGAUAUGAUACAAUGAAAGAAGCAGAUUCCGAUAAUAUGAAAGUAAAAUCAGAGCAUGUCGAAGGAGCACAAUUCAAUCAUACUGGAAAAUCUGUAUUCAGACCUAUCGCUGCCAGAUUAUCUAUUUUGAAGUUCACACACAUGCAAGUAUUCCAACAGCUCGAGGAAAAUGGUAUUGCCGUGGAACUCCCUUGCGAUAAAAUCUCAACACUAUUUAACCUGGCUAGACUGCUUGAGCAAUCACAUAACACUGAAGCAGCUUGCAUAUUAUACCAGCUGAUCUUGUUCAAGUAUCCAGACUACAUAGAUGCUUAUCUAAGACUUGCUGCUAUAGCAAAAGCUCGAAACAAUGUUCAGCUAAGCAUUGAACUGAUUGGUGAUGCUUUGAAGGUGGAUGACAAAUAUGCAAAUGCAUUACUGAUGCUUGGUGACUUGGAGCUUAAGAAUGAUGACUGGGUUAAGGCAAAAGAUACCUUCCGGGCUGCUAAGGAUGCAACUGAUGGAAAAGAUUCUUAUGCCACGCUUUCUCUGGGGAACUGGAACUACUUUGCAGCUGUUCGCUCUGAGAAGAGAGCUCCCAAGCUAGAAGCUACCCAUCUGGAAAAAGCUAAGGAACUCUACACGAAAGUUCUGGUUCAGCAUACUGCUAACUUAUAUGCUGCUAAUGGUGCGGGCGUGGUUUUAGCAGAAAAAGGUCAAUUUGAUGUUUCAAAGGAUCUUUUUACACAGGUUCAAGAAGCUGCAAGUGGAAGUGUAUUUGUCCAGAUGCCAGAUGUUUGGAUAAAUCUGGCACAUGUUCACUUUGCUCAGGGGAAUUUUGCAUUGGCUGUGAAAAUGUAUCAGAAUUGCUUGCGGAAGUUUUAUUAUAAUACAGACAGCCAAGUUCUUCUCUAUCAAGCUCGUACACAUUAUGAAGCUGAACAAUGGCAAGACUGCAAAAAGACCUUACUAAGAGCCAUACACUUGGCCCCUUCAAAUUACACAUUGAGAUUUGAUGCAGGGGUUGCAUUGCAGAAGUUCUCAGCAUCAACAUUACAAAAGACAAAAAGGACUGUGGAUGAGGUGCGUGCAACAGUUGCCGAGCUUAAGAAUGCAGUUCGUUUAUUUAGUCUGCUGUCUGUUGCUUCAAACCUUCAUUUUCAUGGGUUUGAUGAGAAGAAAAUUGAAACCCAUGUUGGAUAUUGCAAGCACUUGCUUGAGGCUGCAAAGGUUCAUUGUGAGGCAGCUGAACGGGAAGACCAGCAGAAUAAGCAAAGACUAGAACUGGCUCGUAAGGUCAUUGUGGCUGAGGAAAACCGUCGAAAAGCUGAAGAACAGAGAAAAUUUCAGUUGAAGAAAAGAAAAGAAGAAGAUGAUCUAAGGCAAGUGAGGCAACAGGAGGAGCAUUUAGAGCGUAGAAAGGAGCAAUGGAAAAGUAGCACCCCUGGCUCUAAGCGGAAGGAUAGGCCCCAGGUUGAAGACGAUGAUGGUGUGCAAGGUGAGAAGAGGAGGAGAAAGGGUGGAAAGAGGAGAAAAAGGGAUAAGAAAUCACGUUAUGAGACAGAGGAAGCAGAAGCCGAUGAACCGGAAGAAAUGGAGGAUGAAGAUGCCAGCAUGAACUACAGAGAGUCCUAUGAUCAAAUUAAUGAUCAGGAUGACCAAGUUGAAGACAAUCCUCAGGACCUUCUUGCAGCAGCUGGGCUUGAAGAUUCCGAUGCCGAGGAUGAUGCAGCUGUACCUCCAUCAAAUGCAAGUCGAAGGAGGCGGGCAUGGUCAGAUUCCGAUGAAGGUGAGCCACAGCAGAGGCAGAAUGAGUCCAGUCCUGUUAGAGAAAAUUCUGUGGACAUGCAGGAAAGUGAUUGAGACUAGACGGACAGAGAGAGAGAGAGAGAGGCUGCUGGUGAUGAUGAGGAUUGCAAUCAAACAUCCCAAGAAAUCCCCUGCAUUUUCCAACACUAAGCUUUUGUAACUGAUGUAACACAUUCUAUUUAGUUCCUAAAGUUCCAAUAUGAUAUAGUUUUGGUCUAGGAAUGGCUUUUGAAGUCGAUAUCUGCUUCGCCUGAAGCCAAUUAUGCACAUGCGCGUGGGUAUAAACAAAAGUAACGUGUUUUUGAGCUUGUUGACAGUUGACGUCACUAGCACCCUCUCAGAUUUGUUGGUGGGGCUUUCUUCAACUAAUCUGUGCGUGCCAAGUCGUUUUACUCUACUUCGGUGAAUAUUAUAGAUUCAGAUGAAAUCGUCACUUCCAAGGUUCAAAUUUAGGAUCUUGAGUUUUUCACCAUGGGAAUCUUAACCAGUUACUUGAUGGGUUUGAAAUAUUGAUAUGGUAUAUUGUUU